AUUUCAUAUCUUUAUUUUGGAAUUUGUGGCCAUUUUAAAUCGACUUUACAUCACUUUCAAGCAGUAUUCGACUUCAAAUUGCAGGAUUUUGGCUUCCAUGCACAAUAUUACACAUCACAACGUCUUUACCAUUUAAGCUGAUGCGGUAUGUUCGUUCGUCAAGGGAAUUGCAUUUGAAUAAUUUGAAGUGGAAGGAGCCAUAUUUUGUCGAAGUGUUUCGAAGACAUUCGCUCUCAAAAGUUGGAAUGCUGUCGGAUUAAAGGAGUGUAGCAAUUCUGAACUUCGAAGUUCAAAGCUGUCGCUUUUCGCGGGAAGCCAUUUAGCGGCCAAACGAUUCGCGAAUCGUCGUUGAUCGCUGUGGAAUUCGAAGCACGUCUACGAAAAUAACAACUUGACACAAACUGUGCAAAAUAUUUGGCGAUCGACAAGCGAAUUUGAACAUCAAAGUGUGAUAUAUUGGAUAGAUCGGUCGACAGUGUCUUUUUGAAGUUUAAAGUCGGGGAUUUCGUAUCCGAAGUGACGAAAGUUUGUCGAAUUAGAAGCCGCUUUGCGUUGUUGACAGAAGGCAAAAGUCAAAUAAAUUAGAAGUGCUUUUUCGAUUCUGUUACAUUGGACUGACGUUUUUGAUACUUGAAAGCAACUAUAUCGUUGGAUUUUGAUCUAUUUUAAAGCUAUGAAUCAAUCUUGAUGCUGUUGAGUUGAAGCGAGCAGGAAUUCGCGAGUUAAAGCCGUCAUAGAGGACGAUAAACAAAGGCAAACAAUUCAGUAUCUUUGUCGAUUCAUAGCAAGUACUUGGUCGAAUUAGCAGGGGUUCUUAAUUCAUUGUUUGGCCUCAAAUGCUCGUCUGCAAGUGGCGUUUCACUUCUGAACAACGCUGGCUAUGUUAAAAUGAAAGUAUACAGCAAAAACUAGUUGGAAUUUAUAUCAGAAUAUGGCAGAAACCAGCGAACGUUUUAUAAAGUGCCUCAUAAAACCUCCCAUCGCAAGAACGGACGAGGUAGGAUGAGUCCGGGUGACCAUUGGAGUCAUUGAUUAAAAGUUGCAAAUUAUCUAAUUGUUACAUUUAACCGGCGGAAAUAGGGUUUAUAUACACCAGAAAUGUAUAUUUUACAGUGCAGGGAUAAUCCAGUUACAGAUAUCAGAAAAUUAGUAGUAUUCUGAGCAAAUUAUAUUAAUCAGCUGAAUCAAUACUGUACAACCUCUUGGGAGAACAGUCUAGAUUGAGCUAUCCAUUAUAGAUAAAUUAGUUUCAGUUUAGUUUAAUUUAGCGACUUUGGUCUCUUAUGCCCUGCAAUUUCUAUGCAACAUUCUGAGCAUUUGAUAACUUAACUUUUGCAAUGAAGUGACAGAUUUGCAGACAUGGAUAAUAUUGAAUGAAUACUCAUUGUGGAGUCAGCCUGACCUAAGUGGUUAUUUAUAGUCCCUUGUUCUGAGUGUCAUAGGCGAUGGAACCGGGAGGCAGCUAGGGGGAGGCUAUUGCCCCAAAGGUAGACAUGAGGGGCUUAAUAAGAUUAUAAUUUGGGGACUUGAUAUGAAGUGUCAGAUUCUUAGUUGUUGCAUGUCAGAUCAUCCAUAGAACACAGGAAAUGCCAUUUCAGAAACUCUAGAUUUCAAUAUUCAAGAGUUUGUCUAGCCUCCUUCCUUGUAACCAAAACCAAUAUUCUUCUACCAGUACAGUGUGUUACCCUUAGACGGUUCUUUUGCCCCGCAAAACAUCCUGCUUCCCACAGUUCCUGUUAUUAAGGACUUUUUUUACAUUGCAUGCAUCAAUCAAUAGUCAUUCAGACAUUAUAGAUGGCAAGUCAGUCAAGCAGUUCUUGUUUGAAAUCACAAUUGAGGAACUACGAUAACCAUACACUGACUGCCAUUUUUGAUUUCAAAAAUUUUUGAUUGAUGUGCAUGUUGUCACUUGUUUAAGCUCUCUGAUAAGUGUUAUUUACCUGUUGUUUAGGAUUUAUCAUGUGUCUUGAAACAUUUACGAGGCAUGCAGGCCAUGUCGGGUCUUGGAGGUGAAGUUAUAAAGUAAGUACAGUAUUGGGGUAUAUUGAUAUACUAGUAUAUUGGUAUACAGUAUAUAUUGAACAGCCAGCAUAGGUAGUGACAAGAACACCCAUAAAGCUGCAGAUUGAUAAGGAUUUAACUACCUGACCAGUAAAAUGUCAAUGUUUUGAGGAAAGGCCCAGUCUGCUGGGAAGUUAGUACUAGACUACUACAGCCAAUUGCAGUUGAGCUUGCAGCUUGCAUUUUAAAUGCGUUGUUACAUUGUCGAAAAGUAUGUGUUCAUUCCUUGGAAACAUGCCGUUGCUAGGGGCGUAAUGUUAACUUUUGGCGGGCAUUGUAACCAUUGUUGAACUUCUGAAGGGCAUACAAACAAACAUAUAAUGAGUUCAAUGUUGUUGUGAAAGUGAUGCUUAAGCCUGCGAUGGAACAGUACAGUAUUAAAGAAUGCCUGCAGUCAAAUUAGAACUCCCUGGUAUAAAAAGCAUGACUUCUGUGACAAAACCUGAUUUAAUUUGUCAAUGUCAAGAAUAGAAAAACAUGAUGUUUGUGAUGUUACUCUGAGUGUGCAUCCACACCAGGCAAGCUGAAAAGUUAGCUUGGCCACGGUGGGAAUCGAACCCUUCAGCUUGCCUGGUGUGGAUGCACACUCAGAGUAACAUCACAAACAUCAUAUUCACCUUCAGGAGUAUCAUAACACCAACACACACAAAAUAAUAGAAAAACAUGUUUAUGCCCUUCAGAAGUUCAACAACAUCCGCCAAAAGUUCAUGUUAUGCCCCUAGCAACGGCGAGUUUUCAAGGAACGAACGUUCACAUACUUUUCAAUGUAACAACACAUUUAAAAUGCAAACGGCAAGUUCAACUGCAAUUGGCUGUAACUUACUGACUUAAGGACCUUUGCUCGAAACGUCAAAGUUUUACUAGUAUUUUUCAGGUUGUUGAAUCCUUCUCAAUCCACAGUAUUGGGUCAAACCUUUAUGUAGUUGAGAAAUUUUCAUCAUUUUUGAUGAGCCAUGUUUUUUAGCUUCAACAGCAGACUUGAAGGUUAUAUCCCCAUGUUUCAUGCAAAUAUGUUUCUCUUUCUCUUUGAUUGGGCCAAGGAAAAAACCCUCAAGGUUUCCGGUUUCCCGACCUACCUAGCUUUUGGCUACUACUGAAAUCACCAACCCUUGAUUUUUUUAUCUGAAGUUUAUCUGAAGCGGUAUCAAUUUCCCGUGCGUAAUACAUACAAAAUGACUGAAAAACGGCAAACUUCGCAGUGCUAUAUUAUCUGCAUUUUACAGCAUUUCGCAACGAAACUUCGGAACAUUACUAAUUUUGUGAUGCUCUUUCAAGCUGUGGUGAAAUGUUUGUCUAGACUUGUCUGGAUCAAAAUUUUGUUCAUUAGGGAAUAAGUCCAUUGACAUAGAAUAUCACUCUCAUGCAUUCAGAGCAUUUAUAAAAAAAGUUUAACAGAAAAAAGAAAACUCGACCUAUCCUACCUACGUUUUUGCAACAAGAAAUAGGAACCCAAGUAUUUCUUUUUUUGCCUUCUGAUCCCAAUCACAAGCCUAUCCUUAAACCCAUUGUGCACAAAACAUGAGAAAUAAGUAUAACCACAUGAAAAUGAGGCCAUUGGGAGCAUAUAUAUGUAUGUGUACAUCAACAAAUGUGAGUGGUUUGAACAAGUAAAAACGAAACGUUAUGUACAGUACAUGGAACAUGACUUUUUUAAUAGUGUUUCAUAACCAACAUAAUCUUUGUAAUACUGAGAAUGACUUUUUUUAACUUAUGUAUUAGUUGACAUUAAGUUGGUUAUGAAAUAGUAAAAAUGUUAUGCUCCAUAUACUGUACAUGACGUUUUUGCUUGAACCACUCACAAAUUAUUAUUUCAACCACUUUUUUGAUAUAUUUUACUGUUUGUAUCUUUGUAGAGCCAUGUGUAAAACAGCUCGCUAUGAAGUCCAUGAAUCCAAUCAUUUGCUCUACAUGUAAGUGUGAAGUACUUCUUAAUCCAUUAAUACCUAACACCUACAGGUGUUAGGGUUAAUUGUCUGGGAUUAGACUUAGUUAAUAGAAUAACAACUACAUGUAAAUACAGUGAAGCCUUAAGCCAGCUCACUGUUGCAGAGUUUUCAAUAGAAUUUCCAUCAGCAGGUGUUUGACAUUAUUAUAUAUGGCACAAUAAUGGGCCCAUGUGCCAUAGGACCCCUGCAACUAAGAAGUCAGGGCUUCACUCUGAGAAUGCUUUUGGAAUUCAAUCCUCUCAAAGAGCCUCAAUCCUCUCAAAGCUUUAAGUAAAAUAUACGUAUAUAUACCAUGGCUGUUCACUGCCCAAAUUACUUGAUUUAAUUCCUACUUUUAUAUUUCAACACAAUUUAAACAAUCUAUAAUGUUCAUCUGAUUCUGACAUACUGUUCAUGUAUCUCUAUACAUUCAGAUUCUUGAUGUAAACUUAUAAAAGCAGAAUUACAGUAACUGCAUUUAUGUUCCCUAAAAUGUCAUCCUGAAGAUACGCUAGGACGAAGUUGAAGAAUUUCAAUAGACGGCUGACACAUGAGCACAACGAGAGAAAUCGAGGAGACCUCAUCCUAAGACUUUUUACUUUCGUGAGACUUUUUAGUUUUUACUUUUGAAAACUGUCUAACAUUCUUUGAAGUAUAUAUUCUUUGAAACACGUGGAGCAGGAUUGUCGUACAUCUGGCAGAAAACCUGUUGGCUUCUAUUGGAAACCCUGCUAUUGCUUCACUGUAGCAUGUUGUCCUGGUCAUUUGGAAGACUAAAUAUUUUUUUUAUCAAUUUUUUGGUUUACUUUUUGGCGACAUUUAAUUUCAAGAAAAAAACAUUGAAAAUAUAAAACUUCCCAAUAUGAUGCUUUAUGAUAAAUAGAUUUAUUGAUCUACUGUAUUUUAUAUUGCAUAUGAGUUAAAAUUAUCAUAUUCGAUACUUAACAAAGUUGAUGUUUGUGAUGUUACUCUGAGUGUAUAUCCACACCGGGCAGGCUUGAAAAAGAUGCCCUACACUCACUGUCACUCAGAGCAACAUCACAAGCAUCUUAUUCACCUGAGUAAACUACACCAACACACCAAAUAUCAUGAUUAUUAGAUUACACUGAUAUUGAAGGAACUAGACUCAGUUCCGAAAUAUCACAUACUCGAACUGACCUGACCGCGUAGCUCAGUUGGCAGAACAUUGAGCUAGUAUUCCAAAGGUCGUAGGUUUGAUUCCCACCGUGGACAGGCAUAUUUUUCAAGCCUGCCCGGUGUGGAUAUACACACUCAGAGUACUGUAACAUCACAAGCAUCUUAUUCACCUGAGUACACUACACCAACACAGCUAAUAACUUAACAAAGUAUUUUAAUAUGUUUUUAGGCAAAAUGACUAUGCAACAUGCUGGUACAUUCUGCUGUCAGGAUCUGUGUUCAUUGAUUGCAACAUGUAUCUUCCAGGAAGCAGGUAAUUAUGUAUAUAGAUAAUAUUUGACAGAAUUACGCAACCGAAUUCUUGGCUCAGGGCUUUGAACUAUUCUGUGCAUAUACGUACGUACGAAGAAUGCUUACUAUAGCCUACCUGAAUAUCUCAGCAUAAAUAUGGAACGAAUCCAAAAGAGAGCCAUGCGGAUCAUACAUGGUUAUGACACACCUUACGAACAAGCCUUAGCAACCUCUAGAAUUCCCAGUCUGUCUCAACGUAGAGAUGAACUUUGCUCCACCCUUUUCGACAAAAUUGUUGUGCAACAAGAAGAACAACUAUACAAGUACCUACAGCCAAAUACUAGAGAAGAUAAAGUGAACCUCCGAAGAAAGCGUCCCUUUGUGAUCCCACGUUGCAAAACGAACAGAUUUAAAAAUACAUUUUUGAACGCAAGUGCUAUAAACUACAACAAGAUUCAUUCCUUGUAAAUAACUGUAUAUAACUACGAAUAUUUAGAUGUAAAUUUAUACUACAAACUAAUUAUUUCUGUAAACCUUUGUAAUUCAGCUUUUGCUGCAAAUAAGGCUUCUAAAUAAACCAAUCUAUCUAUCUAUCUAACCAUAGCCUUCAAAUGGGGUUUUCUACGUGGGCUUACAGUAUAUAAGUUUGAAUCUGUUUUUCUGCAUUCUUAAGUUUUGGCAAGCAACCGUUAUGGUAUGAUGGUCGGAGAGGAAGCGAAUGUCUUAUACUGGAACACUCGGAAAUGAUUGUUGUAAGUUUUUCUGAUUAUUUUAUUGUUUAAUUAAGGGACCAGUCAUCGAUGUAAUUACAUAAUAGAUGUAAUUCAGUUGAUGUAGAUCAACUCUAUUCAAUAAUGAUGAGUGCGGACGAAACAGUUUCAUGUCCUGUCAGUUGUCUGAUUAAUAAAAUUGUUUGGCAUUCAUUGGCUCAAAAUAGCAGCCGGUCAACGGACAAUGACCAGCCACAUUUUCAUGUCUUCCAAUGUGAUUGCCGACGUCUUGAAUUAAAACAUGAAACUAUGAUGUAUCAAAACAAGUUUCUAAUAGUUUGUUUUACUGUUAGUGUAAGCGUAUCAAUGACCGGUCAAAAACAGAUUCACUUGACCAAGCUAAAAUCAAGUUGACAGAUCAUUUUGACUGGAGACCUAUCUUCCGUUAUUUUGAGCCCUGUUGGCAAUUUUUGAACAAAACAUUUAUUUAAUAGUAAAAUAAUUGCUGCAACUUGCAAUGCAAUCUUGGAUACAGAUCGGCCAUGUUAUCUAAAAAGAAGUCACAGAGAAAUGUGAGCAUGGCCCAUAUUCUACUGAGCCGUUGUCAGAGGCCGCGGAAGCAUUUCGAAAGUCGAGCUGGGCAUUGGCCAAAAGGGUCACUUUUGUAUGUAUAUGACCAAAAUCAAAUGAUCUUAUGUUGUUCACAAGCUGAAUGAAAAUUUUCGAAAAUAUAGAGUCUCAAUAACGUCGGAAAUGGCCUUUAUGGAGUCUUUACUACUGCAAAAAGGGCACUUUCAUUCCAGCAAAAGAAGGCAUUCAUUCAAGAAAUUUUUUUUUGUUCUUUAAGUGGGGCACUUUAUCCCAGAAGAAAGGGCACUUUUUUCACUUUUAAAAAAGUGAUGGGGCACAUGCCCCCAUUGCCUCCCCCGGGCGCCGGUUCCACGGCCUCUGGCCGAUGUCCAGGGUGUUAGCUAGCCCAUAUACUGUCCGUUUGACGGACUCUUCCCAAUUGAAGUAGCUAAGGGGCUUUCCCAACUGGGUCUACUGGAAGAUGUCCAUUUUUUCUGAUGAGAAAGUGCAUUGCAUUUGAUUUUAUAUUAUUAUAUCAAAGAACGUUUUAUUUACUUUUUCCCAUUAACUAUUUUCUCAAAAUGCAUCGCGUUUCAUUCAUAUUGGGUGUGUAUUCACUGAAAUACAAAACAAAGCGUAAUCGGUGUGCAUCCGUGUUCAUUCACCGGAAAUGAAAUAUACAAAACGAAGUGCCAUCGGGCGCAUUUUUCAGUAUUCAUUCACAGGAAAUUAAAUGUACAAAACCAAGCUACCGUUGUUUGCAUCUAAGGAGAAACGCGUUGGAAAAAACACUAUUUAUUCCUACACAAGGACUUUGAUCGGUCAAAAAAACUUUCCCAAUUUAUGUUUAACGGACAAAACUUUUUUUUCUGGCUAACACCCUGGAUGUAUGAUUUCGAUUAUGAUUUGUGUGAGCCAGACUGCCGUAACAUUGAUGCAGAGCUGCAGACUGAGAGAGAUACAACUUUCCUGACAAAUAUAAGCAGAAAUUUUGUGUGAAGUCCCUUCGUCUGGAAGUUCGGUUGACUACUAACUAAUUAGGAACCUGAGAUAAGGUUUUGGUGAUAUCAGUUUGCCUGUGUGGCCACAAUAUUAUAUUAUUCAUAUUAGAAGACGGAUUUCCGUCUAAGACGGGAAACUCGUAUGAUGGAUUUCCGUCUGGUAUGAAUAUGAAACGAAAACCAUUGGGCGGAUAAAACGUAACGAUAAACACGUAAAAAUAGGAGAGCCUCCAUCCCAAUCUCUUUUCAACGUUACGAGCUGCAACCCGUCUUGAUCUCAAUGGUCUUGAUUCAUCCGUCUGAUAUAAAUUUAAGACGAGUUUCGCGUCUAACUUUCCCGUCGUUCAGACGGGAAAGUUAGACGGAAAAGUUGAGACGGAAAACCCGUCGUUAGCCGAAUUUAAUAUUCUAAUAUAUUAUGAAUUUAAUAUUUAACAAAUAUAAAACAUUUUCUGUGUUGAUAUACAGUUAUAUCAACACUCGUGGAAAUUGGGAAUGUUUUAUAUUUGUUUUAUAAUAUAGCACAAAGAAAUAUAAAGAAAGAAAUUUCCCGACGUUUCCGUGUUGACAUUGAGUUAUAUUAACACGGCUCGUAGCCAAUUCUGGUUCAGAGUUUACAAAUGCUAUGUUAUAAAAAAACUUCUAAUAUGAAUUCAGCUAUUGAGAGAGCAUCAUGUUAAAUGCAUUAACCUAUGUAUAAUUUAAUAAUACUUGCAUAUAUUUUCUUAGAUUGAUUAUCCAGACUCACGACUACUGAAACCCAAUCAACGACGUUCAUAUGAAGCCAUGGAUCUUGAAAUGAUGUUAGCGUUGGAGAGUGAAGAGGUCAAAGUUGGAGGACCUAUACCGGAUGAAAAGGUAACAAAAGGGGUCAAUAUUGGAUUAUGUCAAAAAUGCCUUAAAUUAUGACUGGCAGCCUCCGGUUAGGCACAUGAAAAUUCUGUAAUACAGUAUAAGGUGAUACGUUGAGGCAGCCUGCCAUUUACUGUAUUAGGUUAAUCAGAAAAUAACUACAGUUAGGAUAUAGCUGCUCCCAUUGUCCAUUGGUUCAUUUUCAUAAUCAAUUAUUAAUCAAUUAGCCUUUCUCACG